GAUUAGUGGAUUUUGAGAGUCUCGGCGCGGCUCUGGAGCCUCAUCGGGUAACUGGUCAACUACCUCUCGGACAACUCCGAGAAUGGCUCCUGAGCAACGCCGUAGCACGUUCCGUCCAUGUAUUGAUCUACAUGAAGGACAAGUGAAGCAAAUUGUCGGGGGUACUCUUUCGGACCGCAAUGAGGGGCUGAAGACAAAUUUUGUCGCGACGCAACCUCCAGAAUUCUUCGCGGGAAAGUAUCGCGACAAUAAUCUGGAGGGCGGACAUGUCAUAAAACUUGGGCCUCGGAACGACGAGGCAGCCAAGAGAGCACUGGCAGAAUGGCGGGAUCAUCUACAGAUCGGUGGGGGUAUCACACCUGAUAAUGCCAGCGAAUGGCUUGACGCGGGUGCGAGCAAGAUCAUCGUCACAUCCUACCUCUUUCCCGGCGGCAACUUCGACUUGGAGCGUUUGCAGACAAUCUCAUCCAUCGUUGGGAAGGACAAACUCGUCGUAGACGUCAGCUGUCGCCGGCGAGGAGACAGGUGGUUUGUUGCUAUGAAUAAGUGGCAGGAUAUCACUACAAUGGAGGUGAAUAAAGAGAAUCUCGACAUGCUGGCACAUUAUUGCAACGAGUUUCUCAUCCAUGCAGCUGACGUGGAAGGACUAUGUCAAGGUAUUGAUGAGGAGCUCGUAAAAAAGCUUGGCGAAUGGGUGACGAUUCCUACCACAUAUGCUGGUGGAGCUAGAAGCAUUUCCGACUUGGAAACGGUGAAUAGACUUUCGGGAGGACAAGUAGACUUGACAUAUGGCAGUUCAUUGGACAUCUUUGGGGGGACUGUAGUUUUUGAUGAAUUAGUGAAAGCAAGCAAACAGUAGUAUCAAUAUAUACAGCGUUGACAAUAGGGGAAUACCCUUUUCUGGCGGUGUGGGAAACGUGGCUCAUAAACUGUAUAGUACCAUAUCGCGUAGCGCCAGGAUUAUCGA